AUGGCUUUUCGAAAGCCAUCUUAUUCAUAUCAAACUCGUGAUAUGGACAUCAGAGAAAAUAUCCAAGGUCCUAAUGCUGAACAAUUCCAAGAAAUUUGUUAUCCAUUAUUAGUAGACAAAGAAACUGCGUUAAAGUAUUUUAAUGAUGAAAUUGCUUUAAAAAAAUCCGAUACAACUUACAAACAUAGAAUUUCCUAUAACACAAGAACUGAUGCUUAUUAUGAAAAUGGAAACUUCAAAGAAAAAUAUUUGGAAUUUUGGGAUAAAGGUGCUUAUAAAUAUGAAAACAUGUCCUAUGUACCUGAAUACAUGUUUAAUAGGACAUUUUUAACAAAAGAUAGGAGGUAUCCUGAACUACCCUCUUUUAUAAUUUAUAAAUUUGAUUAUUCGCCCGGAAACUUUGAAAUUAUUGAUCUUCAAGUAAGAUUAGAGUAUUCAUUAUGGGAUAACACUUCUGAUGCAAGAUGGUACAUUCUUCCAAUAUCGCCAUCAAAAUUUAAAUCUAACAAUGGCGGAUCAGGAUCGAGAUUUAUUGGAUUUUAUUUGAAAGGAGAAGUAAACGGUGGUUUAUUAUGGAAAAAUACUCAAUUAUUUAGACAAGAUUUACGUGUUCAGGGUGAAGUUGUUGCCGAUUCGCAUGAAUGUCUUAGAAUGGAUGUUAAAGUUCAAUUAAAAAAAAUACCUGAAAAUAAUAUUGUUGAUAAUAAUAAAAAAGUAAAAGAUGAAGAUAAAGAAGGAAAUGUUGGUAAUGCUACUAAAUUAGAUAAAGAAUAUGAAAGAAAAGAUGAAGAUGGCAUUAAUGAAAAUGUUAACGAGAAUAUGAAGGAUAAAUCUAACGAUGAAAUAGUAGAAAAGUCAAGAAAAAUAGAUGGAAUAUUUAAUAAUAAAUUUAUAUUUAAUGUCAUUAAACAUGAAUUAAAACCACAUAUGUAUAAACAUAGAAUAUCUUAUAAUACUAGAACCAAUGCGUAUUAUGAAAAUGGGAAUUUUAAAACUAAAUAUAUAAGAGGAUGGAACAGAGGAACUCUUAAAAGUGAAAACAUCAUUUUAUAUCCUGAAUAUUUAGGUCGUGACAAUAUAUGUUUGACAAGAUGCUCAAAACAUAUAGUUACAGAAAAAUCAAUAGCAUUCAUAAUGUGGAAAUUUGAUUAUCGACCAGGAAAUUAUGUGAUUUCAUCAUUAUUAAUAAAACUUAAACAUGCUAUAUCAUUUCUAAACUCAUCAAAAGUUAUUUGUUCAAUUUCACCUUUACCAACCGUCAAAAAUCCAAAUCCAACCUGGUCAAUAAUUCCUUUCGAAACAAAACUAAAUCCCUCAAGUAAUAUCAGGGAAAGCGACACAUUUGAAGUUUUAACCGACCAACUUGAAGGUGAAUAUGGAUUUUUGUUAAAGGUUGAAAUGAGCUGUGAUUAUGAUGGAAAUAGAUUUAUGUGGAAAUCUACUCGAUUAUUCAAUCAAAAGCGAAGAGAAAUCGGUCCUUUAGUUGAUAAUGAUGAAAGCGUUGUUAUGGAUAUUAAGGUUGAUCUUGUCAAUGACAUAAUCUGUGAUGAUGAAUUAAAUACUGUUAGCAAUAAUGAUAGUGUCACUUUCAAUGAUUCAAAAACAAGUGAUUUCACAAUAAAAUUAAAAACGGAGGAAUUGGUGGAAGGAGAAGAUGAACAGACAAAUGAAGAAAAUAUGGAAAAUGAAGGAAAGAAUGAAAAUGAGAAUGAACAAUUUUAUGUUCACGCACAAAUUCUUUCAAAUAAAUCAUAUUAUUUCAAAGCACUUUUAAAUUCACAAAUGAUAGAAUCACAAGAUAGAUAUCUUAUAUUACCUGACAUUUCUUAUGAAAUGCUUGAAAAAAUACUUUUAUACAUGUACACAAAUGAAAUUAUUAAUACAAAUGAUUUAGAAGAUUGGAUUGACUUGAUAUAUUUUGCAAGUAGAUUUGUCAUACCACAUUUGAUUCAAAUAUGUGAGAAAGCUAUUUCGAGAUACGUAACUCAAGAAAAUUUAGUAGAAAUUAAAUCAAUUGCUGAAAAUUGUGGUGCAAAUCAAUUAAUCAGAUUUUGUGAUCGGUUUAAAAUAAAAGAGGAGGUGGAAGGUGAAGAGGGCGAAGGCGGGAAUGGGGAGAAUAAAUUGCUAGACGAAUUUAAUAAUUCCAAUAAAGUAUUACAGUCAUCACCAUCAAUUAUUGAAAAGGCUAUAAUUACUAUAGAAAAUGAAAAGCAAAAGCGAUUGGACUUUAAAAUCUCGGGAUCUUCUCCUUCACCAACUACUUCAUUUUCAAAUAUACUCAAAGAACCUGGUGGAUUAAAUAAUAAUAAAACAAUAAAAUCACUACCGCCUUCUUCUUUGUUUAGACAAUGGGAUAAACUACCAGAAAAUUUAGCAAAUCACAAGAUUAACAGAACAAGUCGUUUCAUAAAGAUUGACGGACUGGCAAGUACUAUUAUUACUAACGAUAUUACAUAUCUGUCACAUGAAGUAAAUGGGCUUCAAAGAAGUAUUGAUAAAA